AUGUCCGCUAGGUCCUGGUUACAAACGCUCCCGAGGAAGCAGUUCUUCAACACCCUAUAUAGGUGCAACAUCGACAAUCAUGUUCGGAAUGGGUUCCUGACGUCUUCAUCUGCUGGUCUCCUCAACCCACGACAAAAUAUGCUGCUAUCUUCGGACACUGUCUGGCAAGAUUUCGAUGCUGAGAUGCUGGCAGGCAUGAACGACCAGAAAAUCCUGGCCUCAUUUACGGAAGGAUUCUUUGGGGGAUUUGUAUUCGGUAUCGAGGGCAUUUUACUGAGAGCUGGAGCCUGGAGAGUGCUUCCCGUGUACUUUACAAGAUUCCCGCAAAGUCGACAGUCACCCGAGCUUUGGAAAAACUCAGAAUUAUCCAAAGACGAUCUGUGUGCAGUUGGUACCAAACUUUUUGGCAUUUUUCAACUCCUCGACAAGCACGUAUCUGAAUCACAGGCUCGCUGUUCGAGCUACGUCGACUAUGGCUUCGGCUCAGACAACUAUUCAUUUGCGGGAUGCCACCGCUUUAGCGUCACCAGGUUCCCAUCUCUCUCGGGAGCACCAGUCGGCGCCGAGAAUCCGAAGUGCCAGAUUAGGAUCAGUCUGGAAGGGUUUAUUUGUAACCCACAACACGACAAAUCAUGGAUUCCCGAGCUGGGCAAGCGGUUUCACGCCCUGUAUGCGAGAGCACUUUUUGCCAACGCGGUUCAGGCAAUUUUCAACAACCGUCCAUUAGUUUAA